UUAUCACUUAUUGCGCUCCUUGUCUACAAGAUGUAUGCUGCCGUCUAUUGAAGACUGCUGGCACUAGAAAGUAUUUAUAAACUUAUAAUCCGCCUACAUUUGAAAUGAAAGGCGUGAAAGUUACAUCUUGCCUUAAAUUACAAUGAUAGUUUGUACUAUGAACAAAACCUGUAAAAGGCUGAUUUUAGAAAUGUCAUUUAUCAUAUGAUUUUUAUCUAUAAUCACUCUUAUUAUGAUAGAUUAAAAUCUACGUAUUAUAGAGAUAUGUAUGUAUAAUACAUUACAAAAAUUUGUUGAAACAUAAAAAGUAAAAUUGAAAGAACAUUGGAGAAGUAUUAUUAAAAAUGACACAAUCUCAACAAGUAAUUGAAGAAUUAUACGAUGCUUACACAAAAACUGCUGCAAAUAUUAUUGCUUACUAUGGAUCCAAUGAAAGAGAUGAAAAGUUACAAGAACUAAAGGAUAUAGUGAAAAAUAAUUGUAUUCAAGAUAAGAAAUUAAAGUCAACAGAGAUAAUAAAAUGUCGAAUAUCAAGUUUGUAUAAUGACGAUAAUGACAAUCAUGUUACACCAAAUAAUAUUGGAUCCAUCAUAAAUGAAUAUAAACAAGCUAUAUCUGAAAUCAGUACAGACGUAUCAAAUGAUAAUAAACUUAUACAAUUUGAUAAACAUGUAGAAGCAUUAUUAGAUGGAGUAGUAGAGAAAGAAAAUGAUAUAGAUGCUGAAUUACAAUUAGUAGGAGGCUAUAUAAACGUAAUUGAUCCUAUCUCUAAGAAAAGAAUUGUGGACCCUGUGAAGAAUAUUAUAUGUGGUCACACCUAUGAUCAACAAAGUAUUACACAGAUAUUGAAAGUUAAUAAAAAAACCAGGUGUCCAGUUAUAGGUUGCAAAAGCACAGAAUUUGUAACACUUAAACAUCUUCGAACAGACGUUGUAACAAAAGCAUAUUUGGAAAAAAAUCCAGAAUAACGUUUUGCGACAAAGGAAUUGCAGAUUAUAUAUGAUAACUUGUGUAUUUAAAUACAAAUGUUACAUAUCAUGACAUGUUUUACAUUUUGAUUAAAAGUUCUGUAAGAGUAUUAGCUUUUAGGCAAAUUAUUAUUUUAAAAGUUUGUUUCAGGUACUAAAUGGCAUUUUAAAAAUGUUUCUUUUAAAAUGACAUAGUGUAUAUAAAAAUAUAUGUGGAAACUAUAUUUAUGUGUUCAUUAAACUAUCAUCAGAGAAGAUAUGUUUUUAACAUUAUUUUUUAUAAAUUUUCUAUUUAUUUAAUAUUUUCAGAAAG